AUGUUCAGCCUGCCUGAGGAGCCCGGGAUGUGCCUGGUGCAAACACAAGGUCAGCCUUAUCAUGUAUCCACUAACUUGCUGCUGCUGCCUGUAUUUGUUUAAAACUGUAUCAUGUUUUAUCCUUGAGUGUUGCUAUACUUUCUCUACUUUUAGUUCUUGGACUCAAGGGCCUUUGAGUGCUUUGUGAGUUGAUUUAUGUCUCUCUGAUGGGCCCCAUCUCUGUAGACAACAUGUAGGGACAACGACAUUAGGGCCACUGUAGGAGCUACUUACAAUAGGAGCCAACAUACUAUAGGUCUUCAUUGCGGUCUGAAUGGUGAUAUACUUGUGCAUUUUUGGUGAGAUCUUAGACAAUGAAGUCCCAUCAAGCGUUUUCCCAUCAAAUGUUUUCAACAGCUUCUACGGUUUGGCAGACAUUUUACUUACAGGUAUGGGUUGAAUUAUACAGGACCUUUUAUAUUUAGUGGUGGAAGAGGUCACGUGACGUGUCAAACACUAACAACUCUUGACCUCCUGGUGAUAAGAGGUGUGAGAGAUUAGCCAGUUAGGUCAAGUGAAUGUUUCAAUUCCUCCUUCACAUUGUUAUACAUUUAAAGAAAAAGGUUAUAACUGUCAGAGUAUCCUCUUUCUCUAGAUCCUCAGCCAUUUAUACUAGUAUCAAAUUACUGAGCGUAUCAUCCCACUGGGCGCAGACGUCAGUUCAACGGAUUGUUUUGAUUUACAUUUGGUUGAGUUGUCAACUAACAUGAAUUCAACGUGAAAUCAACAAAACAUUUUACCAUGUCAUUGGAUUUAGGUAAAAAGUUGGGUGAAAAAAAUAUGAAAUGCCCUUACGUUGACGACUUUGCAAAUCCAAUUAGUUUUCCACGUUGAUUCAACGUCAUCACAUUGAUUUCUUGGGUUGAAAUGACAUGGCACAAUGUUCAUUCAACCAGUUUUUGACCAGUGGGAUGGCACUUUAGAACCCUUUUGGUUCCAGGUAAAACCCCUUUGGGUUCUGUUUAGAACCGUUUCCACAGAGGGUUCUACAUGGAACCCAAAAUAGAUAGUUUUACCUGGAACCAAAAAGGGUUCUACCUGGAACCAAAAAGUGUUCUCCUAUGGGGAAAGUCCAAAACCCUUUUGGAAGCCUUUUUUUAGGACAAAUCUUAUCUCAUGCUUAUCUCGCUUGGAUAUUUAAAGAGAAUCGGUGUGUCACGACAUCCUCCGAAGCUGCCUCCUCUCCUUCGUCGUCCCCAGUCUUCUAGCCACUGCCGCUCUUCAUCUCAUCAUUCCAUUUGUUUUGUCUUGUUUAUUACACACACCUGGUUCAUAUCCCAUCAUCAGUACCUGUAUAAGUGUUCUGCCCACCAUGUCUUUGUGUGUGAUUGUUUAUUGUGGAGGUUACUACAGCUCGGUGGAGCUAUAUUGUAUUGUGUGUCGCCGGGAUAUUCACCAGUGUGCCUUGUUUUCUCCAGUGCGCCGUAAUACCGUACUGGAGUGUUUUACGCAUUGCUGCGUACCGCUGUAUUGCCGAAUAAACCAUUUAUUCUGUGAUUUACCCUCCUGCGCCUGACUCCGUCCAAAUCACCCGCUACACGGUGUGACUCUUGCUCACAUUAAAAACGGUUGUAUUAUUUCAAGUUAAAAACAUGAUGUUUCGGCCAUCAAUUGCCUUCAUCAGAAUCAGUAAACACACUGUCUCGCUUGGGUGCUCAUGUCUUACCUUGGGUGCUCAUUCUCUAACCUGCUCUCGGUUUGCAGUUGAUAUUUGAAUUGUGUAUUGUGCUGCUGCAGCUCCCUGUGGUUUCUUGUGACGGGUCAUGCUACUGGUGUUAGACUUUUACUUUGAAUACUUUAAACUAGCUGUAUUUAUUUCUCUGUGUCAUUUAUGUUGUUGACUGCUUUUUUUCUUUCUACCAUGAGUCAAGAUAUUGGUGGUAGCCUACAUUCAAAUGUUUGUUGGCUUUUGACUUUAACUUCUCUGUCAUUUCUCCUUGCAAUCUAACCCCCUUCUCCAAAGCAACAGUCUAAUCUAUAGGUCCCCUGUAUCAUAAUGGCAUGUCCUAUGUAUAUUUAAAGAUAAUAACAAUGUUUUUGUGUAAGAAUUCUAAGCCUUAAACGGAGAUGUACCCCAAUCUGUAUGACUGACAGGAGGCAGGCCCACAUGAUUACCUGGCACCCCACUGGUAGGAGUUUUAUUGUCUAUAUCAUUAGUCCGACACACUGAACUAAGACCAUAAUACCUAUCCUCCUGACAGGACUUCCUGAAGUCUGGGGAGUCCACUGAGCGGAGGUGUGACACUGUUGAGUCUCUUAGGACCAGGCGCUGUGAGCAGACAGACAUCAUCAAUCCCCAAUCAGAACUGGUCUUCCUGAAGAACAAUGAGCUCAGCAGCAACCCAGACAACGUGGUCCAGCUUAAGCCACAAAACCUCCUCUUCAAACUCAGAGUCGGUGAGAAUUAUAUGACUCCUACACAGCAGCUGCUCAGUAUUUCUCAGUAAACAAGCAAGGACAGGUCCAAAUCAGAAAUUCAUGGUGGUGCUUUAUUGAUCAUUUGUUGAGAAGUGUGAAGUACUAGAAAUAACAGUAUUAAGGAUCCUAUUGAUGCAUGCUUGCCAUAACUGUACUAACUGACCCGUCUGGUUUCAGGAGUCCCUCAGACCUUCAGUGUGUCAUUCAAGAGAGCCGAGGGCUACCCCAUAGACCUGUACUACCUGAUGGACCUGUCCUUCUCCAUGAGGGACGACCUGGAAACCAUCAAGAAUCUGGGCCAGGACAUCCUCUCUACUCUGAAAAACGUAACCAAGAAGGUCCGCAUAGGUGAGUGCUGAGGAGACAGACUUUUGCAGAAGUAAGGAUUUCAAGUUAGGAUUUCAGUCAACUGUGUGUAGUCAUCUGACUAUGCCAUCUCUCCUCAUCCUGUCCAUCUCUAUUCCUCUCCUCUCUCCGGUAUCAGGCUUUGGCUCAUUUGUGGACAAGGUGGCUCUGCCGUACGUCAGCCAGGUUAAGGACAAGAAGAACAACCCCUGCCCCAGCCGCUUGAACACCUGUCAACCUGCCUUCAGCUUCCAGAACAUUCUGGGAUUAACCCAAGAUGUGGCAGAGUUCAAGGCCAGGGUCAGCAACCAGAUAAUCUCUGGAAACCUGGACUCCCCCGAGGCUGGCUUUGACGCCAUCGUGCAGGCAGCUGUCUGCCAGGUAGAACUGUCAUACAUGACCAAACACAAUUACCUCUGUAUAGAGGCUAGGAUGUCUAGAGGCUAGGAUGUCAUAGCCUGUAUAGAGGCUAUGAUAUGUUACCUUUCGUAUGGUAUGUAUUAAUUUGUGGAUGUCCAUCAUACAUUUUGUAUGAUAUGUUACGAAUUGCAAUUCAUACAAUAUGUUACGAAUUUGCAAAAUUUACAAUAUGUUACGAAUUUGAAAACGUACAGUGGCUUGCGAAAGUGUUCACCCCCUUGGCAUUUUUCCUAUUUUGUUGCCUUACAACCUGGAAUUAAAAUUGAUUUUUAGGGGGUUUGUAUAAUUUGAUUUACACAACAUGCUUACCACUUUGAAGAUGCAAAAUACUUUUUUUUGUGAAACAAACAAGAAACAAGACAAAAAAACUGAACUUGAGCGUGCAUAAUUAUUCACCCCCCCAAAGUCAAUACUUUGUAGAGCAACCUUUUGCAGCAAUUACAGCUGCAUGUCUCUUGGGGUAUGUCUCUAUAAGCUUGGCACAUCUAGCCACUGGGAUUUUUGCCCAUUCUUCAAGGCAAAUCUGCUCCAGCUCCUUCAAGUUGGAUGGGUUCUGCUGGUGUACAGGAAUCUGUAAGUCAUACCACAGAUUCUCAAUUGGAUUGAGGUCUGGGCUUUGACUAGGCCAUUCCAAGACAUGUAAAUGUUUCCCCUUAAACCACUCGAGUGUUGCUUUAGCAGUAUGCUUAGGGUCAUUGUCCUGCUGGAAGGUGAACCUUCGUCCCAAUGAGAGGAACCUCGUCUUGGAGGCCAUCUCUGGAAGACUGAAAUAGGUUUCCCUCAAGAAUUUCCCUGUAUUUAGCGCCAUCCAUCAUUCCUUCAAUUCUGACCAGUUUCCCAGUCCCUGCCGAUGAAAAACAUCCCCACAGCAUGAUGCUGUCACCACCAUGCUUCACCGUGGGGAUGGUGUUCUCGGGGUGAUGAGAGGUGUUGGGUUUGCGCCAGACAUAGCGUUUUCCUUGAUGGACAAAAAGCUCAAUUUUUGUCUCAUCUGACCAGAGUACCUUCUUCCAUAUGUUUGGGGAGUCUCCCACAUGCCUUUUGGCGAACACCAAACGUGUUUGAAUAUUUUUUUCUUUAAGCAAUGGCUUUUUUCUGGCCACUCUUCCGUAAAGCCCAGCUCUGUGUAGUGUACGGCUUAAAGUGGUCCUAUGGACAGAUACUCCAAUCUCCGCUGUGAAGCUUUGCAGCUCCUUAAGGGUUAUCUUUGGUCUCUUUGUUGCCUCUCUGAUUAAUGCCCUCCUUGCCUGGUAUGUGAGUUUUGGUGGGCGGCCCUCUCUUGGCAGGUUUGUUGUGGUGCCAUAUUCUUUCCAUUUUUUUAUAAUGGAUUUAAUGGUGCGCCAUGGGAUGUUCAAAGUUUCAUAUAUUUUUUUAUAACCCAACCCUGAUCUGUACUUCUCCACAACUUUGUCCCUGACCUGUUUGGAGAGCUCCUUGGUCUUCAUGGUGGUGCCCCUUGCUUAGUGGUGUUGCAGACUCUAGGGACUUUCAGAACAGGUGAAUAUGUACUGAGAUCAUGUGACAGAUCAUGUGACACUUAGAUUGCACACAGGUGGACUUUAUUUAACUAAUUAUGUGACUUCUGACGGUAAUUGUCACGGUUUCGGCCGAGGCUGCUCCUCCUCCUGGUUCGGGCAGGCUUCGGCGGUCGUCGUCCCCGGAGUACUAGCUGCCACCGAUCUAUGUUUCAUGUUCGUUUGGUUUUGUCUUGAUGUUGUACACCUGUGUCUUGUUAGUCCUCGUUAGUGUCCUAUUUAGUUCUCGUUGUGUGUGUUUGUCUUUGUGUGUGAUUGCUCUUCUGUUUUGUGUUGGAGCUACGUACUUCCCUCCAGUGUUUUGGAGAGGUUUUUCGCACAUGUUAGUGCGCCGUUUGUUUGACGCCUGUGUGCGCCGUAUUUUCGCCUUCGGGCUUAUUGUGCUUAUUUUCUACGUGAAUAUUGCACUAAAGUCUUUUGGACUGAGCUUCUGCGUCCUGCGCUUGAUUCAUGCACCACACCCACCUUCAGCACCCCUUGACAGUAAUUGGUUGCACCAGAUCUUAUUUAGGGGAUUCAUAGCAAAGGGGGUGAAUACAUAUGCACACACCACUUUUCCGUUAUUUAUUAUUUAGAAUUUUUUGAAACAAGUUAUUUUCUUCAUUUCACUUCACCAGUUUGGACUAUUUUGUGUAUGUCCAUUACAUGAAAUCCAAAUAAAAAUCCAUUUAAAUUACAGGUUGUAAUGCAACAAAAUAGGAAAAACGCCAAGGGGGAUGAAUACUUUUGCAAGGCACUGUAUCAUAUGUUACGAAUUCCAUUUUGUUGUGUCUAAUGUUAGCUAGGGGUGGCUAGGUGACUAACGCUAACAUUAGCUAGCUGGCUAACGUUAGCUAGGCUAGGGGUUAGGGUUAAGGUUAGGGUUUAGGUUAAAUGGUUAAGGUUAGGGUUAGGGGAAGGGUUAGCUAACAUGCUAAGUAGUUGCAAAGUAGCUAAAAAGUAGGAAGUAGUUGCAAAGUUGCUAAUUAGCUCAAAUGCUAAAGUUGUCCGUGAUGAGGUUUAAAUACGCAACUUUUGGGUUGCUGGAUGUUAUAUACGCCCACCCAUCCACCCCGACCAACCGCCCUCCUUUAGUUUUUGCCUUAAGUAACCUUCUGUCUUAUGAAACCAUACCAAAACAUAAAAUAUAUUACUAAUUUGAGUGUCCCGGAUUUACAUUUAUUAUGUUACGUCUAGUCUAGGAGACCAGUCUGCUCCACGGAUGUCUACAACGUCCAUUUCUAUUUAUCUCUCUCUCUUUCUCUCUCUCCCUCCCUCCCUCCCUCCCUCCUUCCCUCCCUCCCUCCAGGGUGUGAUUGGUUGGAACAAUGUCACCCGGAUCCUGGUCUACACGUCAGAUGACACCUUCCACAUUGCCGGGGACGGCAGGCUGGCUGGGAUAUUCGAGCCUCAUGAUGGGAAGUGCCAUCUCAAUGGCAGCGGCUUUUAUGAAGGCACUAAAUAUGUGAGUUAUCAACAGAGGGAUGGGAUGAUCAACACUUAGUGAUAGAUCACUUGUUUCAGUGAUAGGGGCUGACAUUUGUUGUGUCUAAGGACUACCCUUCGGUUGGCCAGCUCACCAGGGUCCUGGCAGACAAUAACAUCCAGCUCAUCUUUGCUGUCACCGAGGACAGUGUUGCUGCCUACAAGGUCAGGAAUGACAGGAGAGAUAGUUUGUAAAAGCAGAUUACAAAAGUUCACAAAAUGUUUAACCUCUGUAUUUCUACCUCCGCCCAUCUCUCUCUGUUGUGCCCAUACCUAAACACACACACACACACACACACACACACUUCUCUAGGCAUUGAGUAAACUAAUCCCUCAGUCAGUGCUGGGAGUCCUGAAGAACGACUCCAGCAACGUGGUCCAGCUCAUCUCAGAGGCCUACAAUGUGAGUAUCUAAACGGUCUCAAGCCUAGAACACAGUUAACAAUAAUUAGUGCCAAGCUACUGCAAAAUUGUGAAAUAGUUCAAUGGCAAAAGGCUGCAAUGACCAAAAAUAUAUAUAUUCAAAAGAGAACAUAAAAGCAUGUCUGUGGUUAUGGCCAUGAGUCACACAGCAGACUAAAAGGGUAGACCCUACCUUACACAGAAAGCGGCACAGGUCCUAAUCCAGGCACUUGUCAUCUCCCGUCUGGAUUACUGCAACUCGCUAUUGGCUGGGCUCCCUGCCUGUGCCAUUAAACCCCUACAACUUAUCCAGAACGCUGCAGCCCGUCUGGUGCCUCGCAUCUCCUACAAGACCAUGGUGCUUGCCUACGGAGCUGUGAGGGGAACGGCACCUCCUUACCUUCAGGCUCUGCUCAGACCCUACACCCAAACGAGGGCACUACGUUCAUCCACCUCUGGCCUGCUAGCCCCCCUACCUCUACGGAAGCACAGUUCCCGCUCAGCCCAGUCAAAGCUAUUCGCUGCUCUGGCACCCCAAUGGUGGAACAAGCUCCCCCACGACGCCAGGACAGUGGAGUCACUGACCACCUUCCGGAGACACUUGAAACCCUACCUCUUUAAGGAAUACCUGGAAUAGUAUAAAAGUAAUCCUUCUACCCCCCCCCCCCCACCCACCCAUACAAAAAAAGGGGUUGUCCCACUGGCUAUCAUAAGUUGAAUACACCAAUUUGUAAGUCGCUCUGGAUAAGAGCGUCUGCUAAAUGACGUAAAUGUAAAUGUAGAACUAGCUCUCAUACGUAUUUUCACUAGAAUCCCUGGCCUCAUGGUUAGCUACUGACGAAUAUAGUGUGUGCUGUGCUCUCACAGGUAGAAAAACAUACUGACAAAUUAUGUGUAAAAUCUUCCUAGUGGUAACUUUAAGGUUUCAUACAUGAUAGGCCUAAAUGUCUCUAGGAAUAGAGACAUUUAGGCCUAGAGAAAUAUUAACUACUUUUGCAAAUGUAUUACUUACAAACAAACGUAUUACUGUGGCUUUGCAAUGAAAUUCCAUUUAUUGGACACAUGGACAAAAAUGUAAUAUCAUCAACUCUUCUAUCUAUAGUAAUGCAUAUCUGUUCACAGAACCUGUCCUCCACUAUGUUACUGGAGCACCAUGGAGCUCCUUCAGGUCUGGACGUGACCUACAGAUCCCACUGCACCCCUGGAGAAGGGGACAACACCCCGUGGCAGAGGAGGGGCGAGUGCAUGAACAUCAAGCUCAACCAGCAGGUCUGGCACAAAGCAGGGGUGGGGGGUGAAAACAAGAUGUGAACAAGGAGCCUCAUGUCUUUAAUGGAUUUUGUCAUGUAAUAGAAGUUCACUUGAUAUCAAUGGCUGAAAACAACAAAAAAACUGCACACACUGGCUUUAUUUAAUGGUAUACUGUAUAGGACUUGUGUUACAUACCAAUUUGUCGUGUAUUAACCUCUCCCUUGCUCCCAGGUUGACUUCACAGUGAGUCUGAAUAUUUCAACGUCUGACGGAGAAUGUCUGAAGGAGAAGAAGCAGUUUUUCCUCAAACUGCAGGGCAUCAGCGAGACCCUGAAGGUCUCUGUGGAAACCCUGUGUGACUGUGACUGCCAUGAUAGAGAACAGCAGUCCACACACUGCAAUGAAAAGGGAAUGAUCACCUGCGGAAUCUGCAGGCAAGUCCUCAAAUUAUGACUAGAACUCACAGCACCUCCUGGUUGGUGAGAUAGAGAACUGUGCUUACAAAUGGUAAACAGUAAGGGAAACAGCUGCAGACUGCAGUUUGACUGUUACCACAUAGCAGUAAGCUAAUUUCUAUAGUUAAAUGAAUGUAUAAAAUAUUAAAGUUCUCACAAUCAAAACUUCAGGGGAUUCAGGCUAAUAGUUAUCAAUUGUUACAGUGAUUAAAGUGUUUUUGAGAUACUGAUGAGUAGGGCUAGGAGUCUUCUGUGAAAGACAAAUUAACAUGUAACAUGUUUACCUGCUUUGUUUAAUAUUAACAGUUAACAAAUAUAUACUUAACAAAUAGUAUGUAUAUUUCUGUUCUACUAAUGCUGUGUUUUUGUAAAGGGAUGGUUUCUACUCCAGCUCCCUGCAGCUAGUCUAGGCGUGUGGUCAAGGACAUGGGUUUUACUCGAGAUAGGGGUAUCUGGAGCUGACAAUUGAUUUAUGAAUGGUUUGGUGAUAAAACCUACAGCAUGCAUUCCAUAGAAUGAGUUGGUGUUUGUGUAAUGUAAGGUACCAGGGGGAGAUGGCUCGGGUAUGGAUAAUAAUGAGAGGAACCUCGUCUUGGAGGCCAAAUCCUUGUUUCCAUACAAUGAGAACAGUCUUCACAGCAGAUACUGUCUGCUGUGAAUUAUUAUUCAUUUAUUUCAUACAAAUCCUAACCUAACACAUCUGCUGUUUGUCAUGUAGACUAAGAGGGUGUAUCUUUGCUAUAAAAUAUAUUUGUAUUCUUUGUAUGUCAGAGCUCUCGGCAUCACACUUCAGAGUGUGGGGUCGACCAACCUCAAUAUUACAGAGCACUCACUCUAUUCAUGUGUGUGGGUGGUGUGACCUGCUGCCUUAUUAAUACGUUUUGAGUAAAGUAAUAUCCUGAUUGGUGAUUGACCUUGUCCUUCCUCAUUAUUGAUUAGAAUUUCCACGACACUUCCCUGACUACGUGACCUGACCAGAAAAAACUCCUGGCCCAAAUUAUAGGCCAUAAGUCCUUUUGUUUUUCCCAGUUUUUUAAUAGUUUUUGUAAAAUGAUGUGCCCUUUAGCUGUGACGAGGGUCACCUGGGUCAGAGGUGUGAGUGUGAGCAACCUAAGGACAUGAUCUCUGCCGACUCUAUGGACGCAACAUGUCGCCAAGACAACUCCUCGCUGCUAUGCAGCAGGCACGGGAGCUGUGAGUGUGGCAUAUGUGUGUGCCAGGGCACCCACCGCGGUGAUUUCUGCCAAUGUGAUGACAACAGCUGUGCCCGCCACAACAACAUGCUCUGCGGUGGUGAGUAAACUAAAACAGUUAGUUCGGGCCAUGCAUUUUGAUUGGUUAAGAAUGUGUUCCUUAAAGCUGAACCUUAUUGCAGCCCAUUUUUCAGCCGUGUUUGACAACUUUUGCCGCCUGUCUCCUGCAGGUAAUGGGCAGUGUGACUGCGGAACAUGUAAGUGUCAUACCAACUACACAGGCUCUGCGUGUGACUGCUCCACCCGAACCGACCAGUGCAGGACUGCUGGGAAGCUGUGCAAUGGCCAGGGAACAUGCCUGUGUAACCAGUGCCAGUGCAACAAAGACUUAUUUGGCAUGAACUGCUCAAAGAUUGCUAAUGCAUGCCCAAAAUUCCUGUGAGUACAAGAAAAUAACUUAGUCAUUUUGGAUUGAGUUUCCAGGUUGCCAAAGUUUAGUACUACCAUUGUGACCUUACAGGAACACUUAACAUUACAAUAAUGCAGUGUCUGUGUGUGUGCUUGUGUAUCUUCAGUAUGCCUGUUAACCUGUCUUUAUGUAACAUUUCCAGGGCCUGUGUGACGUGUGAAUUGGCCAUUAAGGAAAGUGACGGCCUAAAGAGUAACUGCAGCCGACCAUGUGGCUCAGUCAAGCCGACUUGGGUGGAGGGACCACAGGAGUUCCCCUGCAGAGAAGACACCAUCUCCUACAAAGUGGAGCUGUUCCCUGACGGCAACAUCCUGGUCCUCUACGCAGAUCUGCCCCGUGAGACCUUAAAUUAAUCUCUAAUCAUUAUCCUUUAUUAUCAAGAUUUUACAUGGCUAUGUAUCCAACUGGCUUACUGUUUUUACCAUUUAUAUUCUCACUGCUCAUUGGAGCAAUUCAUAACAUUGCUAGCUCUUAGUCACACCUAAAAAAGAUCACUCCUAUGACAUACUUAUUCUGACCUAUUCUGCUAUAGUUGUUUGAUCAAAGAUGUUUUGAAUUAGACAAAAAGUUUGUUAAAUAUUUAAAGCCACCUCCCGAGUGGCGCAGUGGUCACUAGAGAUCCUGGUUCGAAUCCAGGCUCUGUCGUAGCCGGCCGCGACCGGGAGACCCAUGGGGCGGCGCACAAUUGGCCCAGCGUCGUCCAGGAUAGGGGAGGGAAUGGCCGGCAGGGAUGUAGCUCAGUUGGUAGAGCAUGGCGUUUGCAACGCCAGGGUUGUGGGUUCGAUUCCCACGGGGGGCCAGUAUGACAAAUAAAACAAAUAAUGUAUGCACUCACUAACUGUAAGUCCCUCUGGAUAAGAGUGUCUGCUAAAUUACUAAAAUGUAAAUGUAUUAUCAUUUGGGCUAGUUUUCCUUACCACGUGACCUGAGCAGGAAAACUGGGGCCCAGUCAGGACACAUGUUCUACUACAAACUCUUCCUCUCCACAUCCCUGGCAGGCUCUGUUGACAAGACUUACGUGAUCAUUGGCAGCUCGGUGUCCAGCAUCAUCUUCAUCAGCAUCGCAGUGAUCCUCAUCAGCAGGCUGAUGCUGGAGCUCCACUACCGGAGAGAGUACGCCAGCUUCCUCAAAGCAACGGAGACCGAAGUCUGGAAAGAUGUGAGAGAAAGAACAGUACACACGACAAUUAAUCACCAUGACAUGUCAAAUAGGCUAGAUGUCCCUGCGUUAACUGGUCGCUUCUCAUAACCAAAUAACUGUCUAUUGUUCUCAGUCUCAUAGUUUAUUGUAUGAAUAGUGGAUUUUAUCAUUAUUUGUGAAUGUGUUUGGUCUUCUUAUUGUUGUUUUGCCAUUGAUUUUUAAAGCAAAUAAUCAACUUAAUGAGUCUUUUAUGCAAGAUUUGUAAUGUUAAGUGUUGACAUUGGUUGUUGAUAACAUGAUGCUCGCUCUGUACUAAACGUAUCUCUUGUUGGUCCUUUUGUGUUUGUUUCAGACCAACAAUCCCUUGUUCCAGGAUGCCACGACCACAGUUAUGAACCCCAUACACAUUCAAGAGGACUGA